UGUCAAUAUUUCACAUAAAAGAGGACUCCAUUUUCCUACUGUCAGAGUCAUUAUCCACGUCCCUAAAACAACGUUUCAUUCUUCAAGGCUUUAUCCUCCAAACUAGUCCACAUCGUCUGGACUUCAUCUUCUAGACUUCACUUCUAAACUUCAUCUUCUAGAUUUCACUUAGACUCCAUCCUUUAGAGCAAGUGCAAUAUGCAUAUCUCCACUAUUUGCUCACUGACUAUUUUUCUCCCCAGCAUUGCGGUAGGAGCAAUGCCGGAAUCUAAAUCAUGGGCCGAGUUUGAAUCCAUGAUGAAAGGGGGUGGCUCGUAUUGCUUGACUCUUGUUUAUGAUUUUGACAAAAAAGAAUUGGCAGAUGUUCAGGCUUUUUGCGAUAUUUACCCAACUGUCAAAUGCUACUAUGGAAUGGAAGGUGCAGAAAAUCGUCAUCAACCAGAUACUUCAUUCAAUACACAUUUCCGGAACUCAGCAACACCUUUGGCUUUCUUCAAGAAUGGUCAACAGGUAACCGUCAUUGGACAUACUCAAACGGGCAUUAAAGGUACUGACUUUAAGGCAGGAUUCGAAGCCGUGAAGUAAUGUUUCACAUGUGCUACAAAGUUUCAUUGGAAACAAAUAUUAUUAUUCAAAAAUCCAAUGUAGGAGCUGUUUGUUUGUGAUGCUCUAUAUUUCUUCUGGAAUCUCUCUUCCAUGAAUCCAUAGUAGAGUUGUCUUUUACCUCUUGUGUUUAAUCAUCAAUAAAAUUAUAAAUUAUUAUUCUAUAAA